AUGUCUCGGACAAUAUCUUUGUCGACUCUUUUCGAACGUCAAUCGUCACUGGUCGGUGGUGCGUCGGUCCUCCCCCUUAAAGGCAAACGAAUCUUGGCAGUCGUACUUUCCACAGCGUUACUUCCGUUCUUGGAGACGCCGUGGGUGCAGCCUUCGUUCACUCACUCAAGCAUCCAAUUCUUCCAGCCGCUAGACGGUGAGCUACCCAACAUCACCAAACCAUUUCUGGAUAUGCGGCAAGCGUCUGUCGCCUCACCUAACAGACCGGUCUUUGGGAGAGGCCAAACCGAACAGGCCAAUUCACAGAUAAUACAUCCGAACGCCAGUGUGCUGGCGCUAGGUAUCCUCCUAUGUGAGCUUCACUAUUGCAAACCUAUAGAGUCAUGGCAAGAUAUCCCAAGUGCGACCCGAGACCUCAACUCUUGCUUUUACACCAGUUUAGAAGUUCUCCAAAACCUGGAGGCCGACGCUGGUGUCGAUUAUUAUCUCGCUACCAAAGCAUGCUUGCAGUGGGAAUAUCUCCCUGUCGGUGAGCCGGACAAGAGUUUUGAAUCUGCCAUUGUUCAACGGAUGUUCUACCAGAAUGUCAUCAAACGGCUUGAGUCUGAGCUGUUUAGAGCAUGGCAUCUUCGCUCGGAGGAUUUGAAUUCCCUGGACCCACGAACGAAUGAAUUCUGCUGGGGUCCAAUCGGCCGAGAAGUUGUCCACGCUCCAGCAAGCAAGCACGAGCCUGUUAGAAGCAGAUCAGAACCCGUCGUCCCUUUACAUCAAGCUCCUAGGACGAAUCCAGGCGAUUCUUUGCAGAAUCAGGCCAUACAUCUGCAAAUGCCCGUCGUGCCCCAAAGUCGAGGUCACUCACCGGCGCUCGUGGAACCAUCCGCUCAGAGCCUAUACCUUUUUGAUGCGACUUAUCACACAGUCUCUGAACUCGACACCGCUCUUUCGGACAAGUGGAUGAACGAUGUUUUGUCCUCGAUCAAUCGCCAUGUUGACCCAUUCAACAAUGCUGUGCAACCGAUCAGAGGACGACAUGGGUCCAGGACAUCAGAGCCAGUACGGAUAGCAAUCUUGGAUUCUGGAUUCAAUCCUGCAAGCCCGCACAUCGAGAAAGACAUCCCAAGGAUUCAGGACGUUCGAAGCUUUGUACCUGGAACGCGGUCGUCAGAUAUGCAAGAUAAGAUAGGGCAUGGCACUCAUACUCUUGGUCUCCUCCUCAAAUUUGCCACAUGCGCCGAGAUCUACGUCGCAAGAGUCGCAAACCAGGAGACGCUGGGUCGUGGCAGCUACGAUGCCAUCACACAGGCGAUCAACCACGCAGUCACGGAAUGGAACGUCGACAUCAUCACCAUGUCGUUUGGCAUUCGUGAAUAUCACGAGCCUAUGAAAGAUGCAAUAGUCAAUGCACUGUCCAAAGGAACACUCAUGUUUGCUGCAGCAUCAAAUGAUGGAGCAAACUUUGGCCGCGCCUUCCCGGCCAAGUAUCCCAGUGUAUUCUGCAUACAUUCAACUGACGGGAAUGGGAACCCGUCUUCAUUCAAUCCGACUGCCGACGACAAAGACGUGAAUUUCAGUCUUCUCGGGCAAUCUGUGCGUUCGCAUUGGCCACCGGGUAUCAAAGACCAUCAUGACAAUACCAACAUCUUAUCGGGGACUUCAGUAGCAACGCCAAUCGCUGCUGGGCUUGCUGCUUCACUCCUGUCAUUCGUCCGCCAAGAGGAACAAGGCCUCCCUCCUGAAAAUGGUCUGUUAGCCCCCUGGUUGAAAGAUGUUCAUUCUAUGGACGCGGUGCUGAAGAGCAUGGUCAAGCAAAGGAGAGGCCAAGGCUACGAUUACAUUACGCCUCAUACAUUGUUUGAAAGGAACGCAUCGAGGGAGCAAGUCUACAACAAGAUCAAGGAUAUCAAGAAGCAUAUGUACGACUAG